GCGGACACGACAUACCGGAGAGGACGAGGGUGACGGGGCCCCCCGACGAGGAAGAGCGGCCGAGACCGUCACCCUCGUUGUUCACCCGCAGUGAGGGGCGGGGCGGGAGCUCCAAACCGCCCCCGGGGCCCUCGUUUCCCCCCCCCGGUGUCCGGCGCCGGUGUCUGCCCCCCCCCCGCGCCUCGUGCUUUUUGAUCCGUCCUGGUCGGGCGCCCCAGCGGCGCCGGGGGCGUGGCCUGGGCGGGUGGGCGUGGCCAGCGAGGCUAUAAGAGGCGGCGCCGCGGCGGCGGGGCUCCCCCCUCCGUGCAGUCAGCGGUGGCGAGCGCAGGCAGCGGCGGCACCGGCAGUGACCAUGGAGGCGGACACUGAAUCCUCCCCCCGCGACCUGGAGCUGUCGGCACUGGAAGCGGAGAAGGAGCCGAUGGCGGCGGCCGGGGAGGACCCGGCAGCUCCCCCGGAGCCCGAGCCCGGCGCCCCCGGCGGGGAGAAGAACGGGCUGGUGAAGCUGCCCGAGGAGCUGGGCCUCCCCAUGGAGGCGGGGGGGGCCAAGUUCACGGGGCUGGGGAAGGAGGAGCUGCUGCGGGCGGCCGGGACCCCCCCCUGGGCCAAGGCUCGCGCCGUCCUCCUGCUCCUCUUCUGGCUCGGCUGGUUGGGGAUGCUGGGGGCCGCCGCCGCCAUCGUGGCCCGAGCCCCCCGCUGCCGGCCCCUGCCCCCCCGCUCAUGGUGGGAGCUGGGGGCGCUCUACCGGGCCCCCCCCGCCGCUUUCGCCGGCGAUCUCAAAGGUGUGGCGGCGCGGCUGGAGCACGUGGCGGGGCUGCAGGUGAAGGGGCUGGUGCUGGGGCCGCUGCACCCCCAGAGCUCGGGGCUCCCCCAGGACACCCCCUUGGAGCGGCUGGACCCGCUGCUGGGCUCCCUCCCGGACCUCACCCACCUCCUGCAGGCCGCCAAGAAGAAGGGGCUCCAGGUGAUCCUGGAUUUGACCCCCAACUACUUGGGGGGCUCAGCCUGGUUUGAGCCGGCGGUGGCCGAGGACCCCAACUUCCAGGACAAGGUCAAGCGGGCGCUGAGCGUGUGGCUGGAGCGCGGCGUCACCAGCUUCUUCCUGGAUGGCAUCGAGGAGCUGAAGCCCUCAGUGUUGGCCGAGUGGCGGAACCUGACGGAGCAGAACAGCUCCGACGGUGUCCCCAGGGUGCUGGUCGGGGGCACGCGCCUGCGGGACCCCCCCUCGCUGCUGGCGCUGCUCAACUCCUCGGCCGUGGGGCUGGUGCUGGGGCCCUUCCUGGAGGCGCUGGGGCCCAACCCCCCCGGCCCCACGCUCGCCCCCCAACUGCUGGACUUCCUGCGUCCCAAAACCCCCCUGGCCUGGAGCGUGGGGUCCCCCUGGCAGCACCUCGCGGGGCUGAGCCCCCUCCGGGCCCCCCAGCGCCUUCUCCUGCUCUGGUCCCUGCCCGGGACCCCCGUGCUCAGCUAUGGGGACGAGGUGGGGCUGAGAGAUGACGAUCGGGGGGGGCCCCUCGGCACCCCCCAACCUGGCCAGCUGACCCCGAUGCCCUGGGACCUGAUCGAGGGGAUCCAGGAGGGCGACAACAGCACCGAGGCCCGGCUGCUGGAGCUGUGCCGCCACCUGGGCGCGCUGCGGGUCCGGGAGCGGUCGCUGUCGCUGGGGGAUGCUGAGGCCAUUCCUGCCGAUCCGGCGGCCGCUUUCCUGCGGAGCUGGGACCAGAGCGACCGGUUCCUGGUGGUCCUGAACCCCGGGGCGCAGCCACUGACUGAGCUGGCCCUGCAGGACCCCCGCCUGCCCCCCCGCGCCACCCUGCGCCUCAGCACCCACCACCCGCUGCCUGCUGACCCUCAUGUCGACCUGGGGGCCCUCAAGCUGCGGCCCUAUGAGGGGCUGCUGCUCAGCUUUCCUUAUACCCCGUAGUGCCUGCCCUGCCCCACAGCAUCUGUGGAGCAGGAACAGGGUCCCUUCCACCCCCAGCAUGCAACAUCCCAGCACCCACAGGACUGGGUGACCUCACCCCAGCACUCACAAGUGGACUGACCCCAUCCCACCCACCCAGCACCCAUCAGAGCCUGGGGGGAAUAUACAGCACCUAUAUGUGGCCUUACCCCUGCCCCCCCAGCACCCACAAGACGGGGGGGAAAUCCCCCUUUUGUGUUCUAUUCUGGGGCUCCUCCCUUCCCCUGGGGGUUUGGGGGUCCCUUCCUUCCCCAUACACUCCUUUUUGGUGGGCCUCUUGGCCGUGGUGGGGUCCUGGGGUUGGGAGGUUCCCCUCUUGUCCCUAAAGGAGUGCUUGGGGUGCUCCCUUUGCCCCCCAGUACUGAUUAAACGAGCUGCAUUUGUG